CCACCGAUAAACCCACUCAAGAAAGAAGGAACGAAGUCAAACUAAAAUCGCUGCUUGUUUACAUCAGUUGUAUUAUAAUGUGAUUGCUGCUUUUCUCUCUUUAGUGUUUUAUUGAGUUUAAGCGAAGCUUGUAUAGUUUUUACUCAUUCACAGUUUUAGAAGAUGCGAGCAGAAAUCUGAAAAAAAAAGUGUUUAAUUUCUUAACUUACCUGUCAUCUUUUUUUUACUGAAUGUAAAUGUGUUUAAAAAAAGAUGUUGAUGUUAGGAGAUGAGAUGGAUGUGAUGUGCUGUAAAUCAGUAGGAACUGAUCUGUCCAUGCUGGAUAUUGAUGAUUUCAUCACAGAAAUCUCUCAGCUGAAGAAAGAGGUGGCGUUACUGGAGACAAAACUGAGAUUAAGAGGAGAUGAAGGACUGAUGAGAGAGGAUGUGGUUUGUCGUGAAUCUUCAGUGUAUGUGACUGAUACCACACCACAGCCGCUGCUGGACUCUAAACUCUCUGAAGAGAAAUCCAGACACACACAGGACUCAGAUCUCAGUCUGACUUUACUCUGUUAUACUGAGUCAAAGCCCACAGACGCUCAGGACACUACAGUGUGUGACAGUAAACAGAGCUUACAGGAGGAUCAAACCUCCACAGAGUCUCUGGAUUCUGUCUGUAACGCUGGAGAACAGCAGCAGAUCCUGAAGACCAAACUGAAGAUGUGUUCAGUUAAACUCAUCGACUGCAGGAACCUGAUAGAGAUGAGAAGAGAAACCACAGAGGAGGAACAUCACACUGAUGAAGAUGACAAUCAUGAUGAUGAUGAUGAUGAUGAUUUUAAUCCUUCAGAUGAUAACAGUGAUUCAUGUUCUGAUGAAGAAACAAAACAGCGACCGACAGCACAAACUUUUUCCUGCGUCACUUGUGGAAAGACAUUCGGCUCACGGGGACAUUUAGCGAGACAUGAGAGAAAACACACAGAAGAGAAAUUCUUCACCUGUAGGAGAUGUAAGAUCAAAUUUCCUUCCUUACAAGAGAGGAAUCUUCAUUCAAAAGAGCACAAGAAGCAGUUUAACUGUGAACAGUGUGGGAAAAGUUUUUUCAUCUUAUCUCUGCUGAAAAUUCACAUGGAGACACACAGUGAUGAAAAACCUUUUCACUGCAGUGAAUGUGACAAAUAUUAUAAAACCAAAGCAAAUCUUGUUCUUCAUAAGAGAAUUCACACAGGAGAAAAACUGCUCGAGUGUCCUCACUGUGAGAAAAAAUUCAACCACAAAUCUCAUCUGACAUAUCAUAUGGUUUUACACAGUGAUGAGAGACCGUAUCAGUGCAGUAAAUGUGUAAAAACUUUUAAGGAUCCAUGCUCUUUAAAGAAACACCAAAAAACACACAUUGAUGAGAAACCCUUUCAAUGUUCACACUGUGAUAUGCGUUUCCUCCAGAAAGUUCAUCUGAAAUCUCACGAGAGAAUUCACACUGGAGAUAAACCUCACCUCUGCUGUCAAUGUGGAAAGAGAUUUACUCAUCUAAGAACUUUUCAAAUUCAUCAGAGAGUUCACACUGGAGAAAAACCUUAUAGCUGUAAUGUUUGUGGGAAGAAAUUCACUCAACAGGUAAACUUUCUACAGCACCAGACGAUUCAUACUGGAGAACGAGCUUACAAAUGCUCUCAGUGUGAGAAGACGUUUGCUCGAUCAGAUAUCCUGAAGACCCAUCAGAGAGUUCACACUGGAGAGAAACCUUACAACUGCUCCAUCUGUGGAGAGAGAUUUGCUUAUUUAGGAAGUUUAAAGAGUCAUCAGAAGAAACAUGCUGAAAAAGAAACUCUACUGCAAUCAUUGUAACAUUUUAUAUAAUUUUUAUUUAAAAUAUCUGUUAUUUUGUUUAAGGCUGGGCGAUAUUUGUCCAAAUGUAUAUCUCAGUAGUGUUGGGGUAAAUAUCCCAGUAUUCUACAAAGUGGAAUAAAUGUCUUCAAAAAGUCAAAAGCCUGGUGUGAGAUGUUUAAAUCAAUUUGAGUCGGUCAUUAAGGAUUUUCUGAGGUUCUCAUGUAUGAAUAGAAAUAAAUCUCUUGAAUGUUAGGUUGUACUCUUUAAAACUAGGCAGAUUAAUGAUCAAAUGACAGCUUGUAGUUAUAAAUUUACAUUUGUUAUUAUUUUUAAUGUGACUCAUGGAGUUAAAAGAUAACCUGUUUUGACCUGAAUUGUUGUUCAAACCUGUGGAUUUAUGCAGAAUGAGUUUAAAUUUAAAAUAUUUAAUUUUAUUUAAGGGUUACAAUACAAA